CACAAAAGCAACCCAAAAUAAAUAAAUAAAAAAUGUCAACUCUUCAAAACUCUUCAUUCCUCUUCCCCAAAUCCCCACCCAAACCCAAGAAAACCCAGACCCGAAUCAAAUCAUCCCACAACUUCUUGGACCUCAAGCCCGAAUCCAAACCCGAAACCCUCUCCAUCGACAUCCAGUACCACGAGCCCAGACUCAAACCCAGCUGUUAUGACGCCGUCGUUAUCGGGUGCGGGCCGUCCGGCCUCCGGCUAGCGGAGCAGGCCAGCGGUCGUGGGCUUAAAGUGUGUUGUAUCGACCCGGACCCGUUAAUGGGCUGGCCCAACAACUAUGGGAGUUGGGUUGACGAGUUUGAGGCGAUGGGGUUGGGGGAUUGUUUGGAUCACACGUGGCCUUUGGCGAGUGUGGUGAUUGAUGAUGGGAGGAGGAAGGAUCUGGACCGUCCGUACGGGAGAGUGGCGAGGGGGAGGUUGAAGAGGAGGCUGAUGGAGGGGUGCGUUAAGAAUGGGGUGAGGUUUCAUAAGGCCAAAGCGUGGGCUUUGGAGCAUGGGGAGUUCCGAUCGAAGAUAAGCUGCUCCGACGGCUCUGGCAUAACCACCAGCCUCGUAGUCGACGCCAGCGGCUUCUCCUCCCCAUUCAUCACCUAUGACAAACUAAGAAACUGUGGCUACCAAAUCGCCCACGGCAUCCUUGCCGAGGUCGACUCCCACCCCUUCGCCCUCGACACCAUGCUUCUCAUGGACUGGCGAGACUCCUACCUCGACAACGAACCCAACCUCCGUCCAAGCAACGCGAAAUGCCCGACGUUCCUAUAUGCAAUGCCGUUCUCUUCGAAUCUUAUCUUCCUCGAAGAGACGUCCCUUGUCGCUCGUCCAAUCCUUGCAUACGACGAGGUCAAGAAACGGAUGGUCGCUAGAUUGAGGCACGCCGGCAUCAGAGUCAGACGUGUGAUUGAGGAUGAAAAGUGCGUUAUAGUAAUGGGGGGUCCACUUCCUACGAUCCCUCAAAAUGUUAUGGCUAUGGGAGGGAACUCUGGUUUGGUUCAUCCUGCAUCCGGGUACAUGGUAGCUAGAGCUCUGAGAUACGCGCCAGUUGUUGCGGAUGCAAUGACGGAGUGCUUGGGAUCUACGAGAAUGAUCAGAGGAAAGGCGAUGUACACAAAACUUUGGAACUCUCUCUGGUCGAGGGAGAUGAAGAGGGAGAGAGAAUUCUAUAGAUUUGGUAUGGAAACACUAUUGAGGUUGGAUCUGGAGGGAACGAGGAGGUUUUUUGAUGCCUUCUUUGAGUUGGAUCCUUAUUAUUGGGAGGGGUACAUGGCUUCGAGGUUGUCGAUGAAGGAGAUUGCGGAGUUGAGUAUCUCGUUGUUUGGGCAUGCUUCGGCUUUGACCAAGCUGGAUAUUGCUACCAAGUGUCCUUUGCCUUUCGCUCAGAUGGUUUGGAAUUUGGCUGCAGAAAUUGUUUAGAGUAUAGGAGGUGUUUUUUAUGUGCUGGGGAGGAAAUCCGCACAUUGACAAAAUACAUAAUGGAUUAUAUAUGAUGCUGAGAAACUUUUAAUGAAAACAUUUUUGGGUUGGCCUGAGUCGUACCGCAUUUGUAUCAUUCUGUAACGAAGAAGGAAAACAUGUAUGAUGCUGAGAAACUUUUAAUGAAAACA